UCCAAUUUUCAGUUUGGAUAAUUAUCAACCCCAUAAAACAUUACAAUCUUACAGAUUCUUGAUUAAAUUAAGAAGAAGAUGAAGGUUUGAUCAAUAGAAACCCAUUGAAGGUGAAGAUAGAGCGGGUAUGGCGACAGAGACGAAGGCUGGUGUUGUGAAGGUCAAGAGCAGUGGUCUAGAUGGUUCAUCCAAGGGAAAGGUUGAAGCUUCUGUGAGCAAGAAGAAGGGAGAGAGCUCAAGCAAGCAGUCUGUUGAUGCAAAGCAGAAAUCUGUGUCAAUUGUUGCAACAAAAACAGGGGUAACCCAUCUCAAAGUUAGUUUCUUUUCACUCUUUUUGAAUAUACUAGAUUUAGUGUUUCUAUUGGAUUCCCAGUUUGGUGAUUUGGAUACACUAUGUAUUUCACAUGUAAAGGUAAAAUCUAAAGCCACCUCAAGUUCAUCAAAAACAACCUCAACCACAACAACUAAAGUGAGGGAGAAGAAGGUGUACACCUUGCCUGGCCAGAAACAUGAUCCUCCCGAAGAGAGAGAGCCCUUACGACUUUUUUACGAGUCAUUGUCAAAACAGAUACCAACUAGCGAAAUGGCAGAAUUCUGGAUGAUGGAACAUGGCUUGUUAUCCCCUGAAAGAGCCAAAAGGGCAUAUGAAAAGAAGCAAAGAAAGCAAAAGCAACUUCACCUGGGAACUCCGGUUAAAUCCCCUCCUCCAAAAUCCACCAGCAAACCUGAGAGUUCACAUAAACAGCAGCAGGCAUCAAAGAAUAGAGACAUAAAAGCAAGGAAAAUAAUCAACAAUGACAGUGACAAUGAUGAUGGCUUCAUUUUAAGUCCUAAGAGGAGGAAAGGGCUUCUAGAUACAGAUUGGAAAGUAGAGCAAAAGGUUUUUAUCAUGUGUAUUCAGCCAGUAUUCAUGUUUAGCCUGAAUGCUAGAGAGUAGAGCACAAGAACUGCUAUCAGACAAUUUAUCCAAGGGAGUCAAGAUCCACUUACGGGUGUAACUCUUGCAUAAAUUAUUACCUGUUGAUUCUCAUAUCCAAAGGUUUGAGAUACCAUCAUUUUCAACCUUUGGAUUUGAAAAUCUAAUGGUUCAUAAUUUAUGUAAGACCUACACAUGUAUGUUGAUCUUGACUCAAUCCUAGGAUAUCUUUUUCUCUUCUUCCUUAAGAUAAAAUGCCAGUUCUAGACACAAGUGAAGACUUGCAACAUGGGUGUGAUGGUGUCUUUUCAUCAAUUCAGCUUUAGCUUAUUAAAGCAUGAUUCUGGACUACUGUUUCUUACCUAUAUGAGCAGUCAGUUGAUGGACUAGAUGCUUUCAACUAAUUAUAGCAUCUAACAUUUAUAAGUCAUCACCUACCUUCAAUUCAGGUCCCAGUUGAAAUGUGCUUAUUAGGAAUCAUCACCCACCUUCAAUUCCCAGCUUUGAUAUAAUUGUCUUCCCAAGAAAGGAAGAAACUUUGGACUACAUCAUGGCUGUUAUGGUCCAUAAGGACCAUAUACACUGUGUAGUGUAUACAAUUACUAUUAUUGGGGAAGAACACUAGAGUCAGUACACCUCUUUACUAUUCUUUUUUCAUAUUUAAUGUGUGGUUCUGAUUCUUCCGAAAUUGCAUCAUCCUCUACGAAUGGGCUGUGUGUUUGUGUGAAUUCAUAUAAUCCAACCUGCACAAGCAUGCCAGCACAUGAACAGCAUGUGAAUUUUACUAAUAUGUGAAGAUUAUUAGAGAAAAAUAUCUGUUAUUCAGGUCCCACUUAGCAUGCAUGGAAAUUAAUGUGUAGAACAAAAGUUCUGUUAAAAUCGGAUGUGAAUGGGCAUUGCAUGUGGCAAACAAACGUUGAGGCUGCAUGAUUCAGACCAUAAACACAGGUCAUUCUG